AUUCAACAUAGAACAUUAGGGACAAUCUUGAACCGGUUUAAUGUGCUUACACAUCCGGGAUCAGCGACCAAGCUUGUGAUACUCCGUCUUCCCCAUUUACACGAAUUAUAUUGAAUCAAUUUCAAUAUGGCUCAAGUGACCCACGUCUUCACCAUGGCGAUGACCUGCGAGGGAUGCUCGGGAGCAGCAGAGAGGGUACUCAAGAAACAUUCGGAAAACAGUGACAUCACAACAGACUUGGAAACAAAGAAGGUGACAGUGACGUCCACGCUCUCAGCCGACGAACUCCUGGAAAUUCUGAAGAAGACUGGCAAGGAAGUCAGUUACGAUGGGCCGAAGUAG